CCCGAAAAACUAAAGGUAGUGCCACCAAAUGCUGACAUGGAACACAGAUUCCAAGACGGAGCUCCAAAUGCUAGUGUCAUAAUGCAGGUUCCAGAGAGGACUCCUGCAGUGGGAAAAAGUGGAGACACCCCAUUUCCAAGGCCAGCAGAUCUUGACCUUACUCAGUCAACUCCCUUCCAGCAUCUGGCAUUAAAAACACCACCUUGUGGACUUACGCCAAGUGAAAGUCUACUAGAUCUUCUGGAUUCAGAAAGACCUCCUCCAACCCCGCAAAAUGAAGAAAUUCGUGCAGUUGGCAGGCUAAAAAGAGCGUGCUCUAUGAGUGAAAAUGCUGCUUGCCAAAAUGGACAACUGGCCAGAACGGACUCCACACCUGUGCUGGGUGGUGGGCCCAGUGCCGCCACCUGUGACCCGCAUCACGCCAACAUCAGGUGCGGCAUUUCAAACAUAGACACGUCGCUCGAAGGAACUUCAGACAUGAGUGCUGUAGACGCAGCUUCCUUAAGACGACAGAUCAUCAAACUAAACAGACGUCUACAACUUCUAGAAGAGGAGAACAAAGAGCGUGCUAAAAGGGAGAUGGUCACGUAUUCAAUUACUAUAGCGUUCUGGCUGCUUAACAGCUGGCUCUGGUUUCGCCAGAGGUAA